UUUCUGGAGGACAGUUGUUCAUUGCAAUAAUCAGUAUAUCCUAGAAAGAUUGAACAGCCUCACAAUGGCCCCUCCAAGUGUUCUCAUGGUCGGCACUGGUGAAUACACCACCGGUUUCGUGGGUGGUGGUGCCUCAGGUUCAGACAAGAAAGUCGGGGUAGUCGGACUGACAUUGUUCGAUCUACGACGACGAGGAAAAGUCGGUGAAUUGAGCAUGGCCGGCGUAUCUGGACGAAAGUUUCCAGCAAUCAAACAACACCUCCAAAAAAACAUCUCUGAAGUCUACAACGGGCUAGACGUUUCAUUCCAAUCAUUCCCCGCAGACGACCAAACCGAUCCGGAAGCCUACAAAACAGCCAUCGACGCCCUCGAACCAGGCUCAGCAAUCACUAUCUUCACACCGGACACAACACACUACCCAAUCGCAUUGUAUGCAAUCCAACGCAAAAUCCACGUCUUGAUCACAAAACCAGCCACAAAACUUCUCCAGGAUCAUUUGAAUCUACUCGAAGAAUCGCGUAAAUACGGCGUGUUUGUCUAUAUUGAGCAUCACAAACGUUUCGACCCUGCCUAUGCCGAUGCGCGCGCCAAAGCGCGGAAUCUGGGGGACUUUAACUAUUUUUAUAGUUACAUGAGUCAACCGAAAUUCCAACUUGAGACUUUCAAGGCUUGGGCGGGUAGGGAUAGUGAUAUUUCGUAUUACUUGAAUUCGCAUCAUGUGGACAUCUGCGAGAGUAUGGUGGCGCAUGAAUAUACGCCUGUAAAAGUUACUGCGUCGGCUAGUACGGGUACGGCAUGGGAUUUGGGAUGUGUACCGGAAACGGAGGAUACGAUUACUUUGUUGGUGGAUUGGAGGAAGAAGUCUGAUCCAACGAGGGUGGCUACGGGGGUAUACACAGCGAGUUGGACGGCGCCGCAGAAGGCGGGUGUUCAUUCUAAUCAGUAUUUUCAUUAUAUGGGAUCCAAGGGUGAGAUUCGCAUCAAUCAAGCUAAACGUGGCUACGACAUCGCGGACGAUGAACAGGGCCAUCUAGUCUGGUACAAUCCAUUCUACAUGCGUUACGCCCCCGACGAAGAAGGCAACUUCGCCGGCCAAACGGGCUACGGUUACAUCAGCUUUGAGAAAUUCAUCGAUGCUGUCACAGCUCUCAACGAAGGGCGCGUUACGCUCGAUGAACUUGAUAAGAGGGGUUUGCCUACGUUGAGGAAUACGAUUGCCACCACUGCGAUUUUGCAUGCGGGGAGGGUAUCAUUGGAUGAGAAGAGGAGUGUGGAGAUUGUUAGUGAUGGGUCUGAAAUGGGGUGGAGGUUGAAAUAGCUGUAUGUGAGUAUGUUGGUGCGAGUGAAUAUGUCACAUUCAUGGACCUAUCUAGCUAGGUACCUGAUUAUCAUACGUGUAUCAUCAGAAUACAAAAACCACAACGUGUCAAAGUGCGUUAGAGCAAUAAUCAAAACACCAAGCAUGCAUUUACAGCCAAAUCCAAAGAUAACCUCCUGAAAAGAUCGGACGCCCGAGUAACCCCAAUGAAUACAUUGAUCAAAACAAUCAACGAGAUGGCUAGAGUGACAUGAUAUCUACCCAAGUCAAGACGUCGCACUCGCUCGUGCAGAGUUAUUCAACUGUCGAUGAUAUGACCCGAUAGGUUG